CAAUACUUCCGGUUUCACUUUUUCAAUGGCGAUUCGCAUGGAGCGUGUUAUUUCUUUUAUUUUUUUAGUUUGAUUACUAAUAUUCUUCUUGUAAACCAACUUUAACCUAUUGAAAAAGAAAACAAAUAAUGUCUGAAGGAGGUCAAGGAGGAAGAGGACGAGCGCGUGGCCGUGCUGGACGAGGCGCGGACGGUAGUGGGCCAGGACCCCGCAGGCCGGGGGAGCAACCUGGCCCGUCGCAGCAGCAGGGUCCACGGCCUCAGCCGCCGUCAGCCUGGGGGCCUCCAACUGUAGCGCCGCCGGUCCGAGCUGGAGUCCCAACACCCACUGUCCAAGCUGGUCGAGCUUCGCAUCGUACAACACCUACGACCCGCGACCAUCCCGGAGAUGUCGAUAUCCAACAGCGGAUGCAAAAAAUUGAUAUCGGUGGUGGUGCUCAACCUGGUGCAGCAGGCGACCCAGGUAGUGCAGUGGUUGGUCGAGGUUCCCGUCGCGGUGGUGGAAGGGUGCUUCCCGAGCAAAUGACAAUCCUCAGGACACGGCCCACUCAUGUCACCACUAAGAAAGGUACUUCGGGCACACCAAUUGAUCUUUUGGCAAAUUAUUUUGCUGUGGAAACAACACCGCAGUGGCGUUUGUAUCAGUACCAUGUAGACGUCACCCCAGAAGAAGAUAGCACUGGUGUGCGCAAAGCUUUGCUCCGUGUGCACAGCAGAACCCUGGGAGGGUACUUAUUUGAUGGCACUGUGUUAUACACUGUGAAGAGGCUUCAUCCUGAUCCAAUGGAACUAUAUUCGGAGCGUAGAACUGAUUCAGAGCGCAUGAGAUUGAUGAUUAAGCUUGUCCAUGACGUGAGUCCAGGAGACUACCAUUACAUCCAGAUAUUUAACAUCAUAAUCCGGAAAUGCUUCAAUCUUCUGCAGCUGCAACUUGUGGGAAGAGAUUUCUUUGACCCUGAAGCAAAGGUUGACGUACCCGACCACAGAUUACAAAUCUGGCCAGGAUACAAAACGACCAUCAACCAAUAUGAGGAUAAACUGUUGAUGGUCACUGAAAUAGCUCACAAGGUGUUACGAAUGGAUACAGUCCUGCAAAUGUUGAAGGAAUAUGCAGAUAACAAAGGGCAAAAUUAUAAGAAAAUCUUUUUGGAGGACAUAGUUGGUAAAAUUGUGAUGACUGAUUAUAACAAGAGAACUUACAGAAUUGAUGAUAUUUCUUGGAAUGAAACUCCUCAAUCAACUUUCAAAAUGAAGGAAGAAACAGUUACAUACAUGGACUACUAUUAUAAGAAAUACAACAUUAGGAUCCAAGAUCCGAGGCAGCCCCUACUCAUAUCACGUUCUAAGCCUCGCGAUAUCCGCGCCGGUAUGCCGGAAUUAGUGUACCUGGUGCCGGAGCUGUGCCGCCAGACCGGCAUCUCGGAUGCCAUGCGCGCCAACUUCCAGCUGAUGAAGGCCCUGGACUCGCACACCAAAAUCGGCCCCGACGUGCGCAUCAAGAAGCUGCUCUCCUUCAACCGACGCUUCACGCAGACUCCGCAAGUUGUUGAGGAACUCGCAACUUGGUCUCUCAGACUAUCAAACAAUCUGAUAAAAUUCAAAGGCCGUCAACUCCCCACGGAAAAUAUUGUACAAGGCGAAGACGCGAGAUACCCCGCCGGCGAUACCACCGAGGGCUGGACAAGGGACAUGAGAUCUAAAAAUCUUCUAUCCAUUGCGAGAGUACAAUCUUGGGUAGUAAUAACACCGGAGAGACAACGUCGCGACGCAGAGGGAUUCGUUGAUUUUAUCAUCAAGACUGGUAAUGGGUGUGGCUUCAGGCUUCCCAAACCUGAUAUUGUUCCAAUUCAAAGAGAUGGGCCCAUGGAUUAUGCUAACAUGUGUGAAAACGUCAUUGCGCGAAAGAAUCCAGCGAUGAUACUCUGUGUCCUUGCUAGAAAUUUCCCUGACAGAUAUGAAGCAAUUAAAAAGAAAUGCACAGUGGAUAGGGCUGUACCAACACAGGUGGUGUGUGCUAGAAAUAUGACAAGCAAAUCUGCUAUGUCUAUCGCUACCAAAGUAGCAAUCCAAAUUAAUUGCAAGCUAGGCGGCGCCCCUUGGACGGUGGUGAUACCGUUGAAGACGAUAAUGGUGGUCGGCUACGACGUGUGCCACGACACGCGCUCCAAGGAGAAGAGCUUCGGCGCGUUCGUGGCCACACUCAACCAGCACAUGAGCCAAUACUAUUCCACCGUGAACGCGCACACCUCGGGUGAGGAGCUGUCCGCCCACAUGGGCUUCAACAUCGCCCUCGCCGUCCGCAAGUACCGCGAGAAACACGGAGUAUUACCCAAUCCAAUCUUGGUAUACCGUGAUGGUGUUGGUGAUGGACAAAUCCCUUUCGUCCGUGACUAUGAGGUGGCGGAAAUAAAGAAGGCGCUGAACGAGCUCUACCAAGGGCAGGAGUACAAGUUUGCUUUCAUCAUCGUGUCGAAGCGUAUCAACACUCGCAUUUUCGUGGAGACGAAUCGCGGCGGCGCCAACCCGCGCCCCGGCACCGUCAUCGACGAUGUGGUCACACUGCCGGAAAGAUAUGAUUUCUACUUGGUGUCUCAAAACGUUCGUGACGGCACUAUUGCACCCACUUCAUACAAUGUGGUUGAGGACACCACUGGACUGUCCCCUGAUCGUAUUCAGCUGUUGACCUACAAACUAACCCAUUUGUACUUCAACUGCUCGUCUCAAGUUCGAGUGCCAUCAGUGUGCCAAUACGCACAUAAGCUCGCCUUCUUAGCAGCAAACAGUCUACACAACCAACCACACCAGUCACUCAACGAAACACUCUAUUUCCUAUAAGUUUAAACAUAUCUCGUAUGUUUUUUCAUUCUUAGCAUAGUAUUUUUUAAGUAUUAUAAUUAAGCUUUUCCUACAUAUUUGACUACCUCACCCUAUGAUUAGUAUUCGGGUGUUAUUUUUAGGAAGUUUAUAUACUUUUGAGUUCAAUACUGGGUACAUGUGUUUUCGCUACGAUUUAUACUCGACCCAGCCCAGUCAAAUAAUAAUGUUUUAUUAGUGACUUCCACUGAUUUACCACCGCUAGGUUACUCUAAAUUUGUUUUACGUUUGUUGAGACGGCAUUUAUGCGUAUCCAGAACAUAUGAUGUGAUUCAAGUACGGAAUGUGUGCUUUUAGAUCUGAUACGAUAUAAACUGUUGAUUUAAAAUUAAGCUACUUUAAUUAUAAGACUGCAAAAUGCAGAACUGCCAGUUGGCAUUUACUUUUCUUUUUAUUUCAUAAUCGACAAAAUUUUUAUUAGGUAUAUAUGUCAUAGUCCGGGAGCCACCAAUUCCAAAAUCUCCACGUUCAUGCAUUAAUUUAAAAGAUACCAUUUACUUAGACAAACAAAAUGCGCUUGGACGGCGUGGAUUUAGUUUGCCGAAAAUAUUUUAAAUAAAUAAUAUAUUUUUAAAUUUCCAUAAUAUUUUACCGUUUUUUCAUGAAUUUUGAUAAAUCUGGCACGCAUAACAAGAUAUCUUCA